AUGGCCACUACCUUUAAAGCCAUUGAACCCGCGCCUCAACCUAAACUGGAUCCAAUGAAUCAAAUGUUUAUAGCGGAUUUAGCAGGACGACAAAUGUCUCCCUUGAAAGGACGCGAUAUUCCAUUCCCUUUAUUGGAUACGGAUGGCACCACUGUCUUGACCGAUUUCUCCAGUCUUGCCAAGAUCUUACGUUUUCGCGGCACGGGCAAGGACAAGUUGAACGAAGCCUUUUCGAUGGUCGAUGCACGGGGUAAAGAAACUGUCAACCUUUCCUGGGAAAAGCUACUGGCACGCGCCGAGAAAAUUGCUCAAUCGAUAAGAGAAAAAGGAAAAAUACAGCAUGGAGAUCGUAUUGCUUUAAUCUAUCGUAAAUCAGAAGUACUCGAAUUUAUCCCCGCUUUCUUUGCUUGUUUUUUAGCAGGUGUAACAGCUGUCCCGAUUAACGCUGCAGAAGAUCUGUCUGAACUCUCCUUUAUCUUGACCUUGACCAAUAUCUAUCUUGUCUUGACCACAGAUCAUAAUCAACGCGCCUUUCAAAAGGACAUGCAGGCAAAAUCCAUCGAGUUUCCUCCAUCCAUUCGAUGGUGGAAGACCAACGAAUUAGGCACUUGGUUUCCCAAAAAAAAUAGCGAUUAUCCAGUCAUCAAAGUUCCUGAGAUUGCUUAUAUCGAAUAUGCAAAAGCAAGCAAUGGUGAAUUAAAAGGUGUCUCAGUAACGCACGAAUCCAUCAUGGAACAAUGCGCUGCCUUUGAAGCUGCGACCACAGAAACCAUCGUCACAGUCGAUGACGGUAUUGUCAAUGUAAAGCCAAAGACAUUAGGUCACCCUUCACAUACAGUCGUCAGUUACUUUGAACCAAGACAGCAAAUUGGUUUAAUUCUGUCUGUCUUACAUUCUGUUUAUGCAGGAAACAAGACGAUUUUUGCAAGUGGAUCCAUUAUAGACACACCUGCCAUUUGGAUCUAUGUCCUUUCCAAGUACAAAGCAACGAUGGCUUUGGCAGAUUAUGCAGCAAUGAAAUUGGUUACUGAUUUUUAUCAAUUGAAACCCAAAGAAGUCAAUGCGGUCAGUAAAAAAGUGACACCAGACCUAUCGACGCUACGCAACCUUCUAAUCGAUACGAAUACAGUCCAAACCGAACUAAAUCAAUACAUUGCAGAUAAAUUACUUCGACCUCUUUGUAACACAGACGCUCCUUUAGAAGUGGUCUGUCCUUUACUUUCUCUACCGGAACAUGGUGGAAAGAUCAUCAGUAUGCGAGAUAAUUUGGGCCCCGCUUUUACUCAGGCCUGCCUUCAAGAUAGCAGAGUGACAUCGCAAUCCGAGCUAGCACCCGGUGGUUCUCGCGAUGUAUUUACAUGCUUAUUUGAUGCACAAUCCUUACGUUUGAAUCAAGUGACAGUUCUUGCUGUUGGGGCAGAGGCUUCCAAAUCAAUAGCUGAACCAGGUACGAUUCUAGUGGAAUCCUUUGGAUUUUGUAUGCCGAAUACCACCGUUGCCAUUGUGAACCCAGAGACCGCGACAUUAUGUACACCGAAUAUGUUGGGAGAGGUAUGGAUUGAUUCAGCGUGUAUUGCUGGUGGAUUUUAUGCAUUACCGAAACAUACAGAGUCUAUUUAUCAUGCCAGACCCUUGAUCGUGCCCUCUUCUGAAAACCCAUACCCACAAGUAUAUGGCGAGGACUUUUUAAGAACUGGAUUAUGUGGCACAUUAAUUGGAGGCCGAUUAUUUGUUCUGGGGCCUUACGAAGAGCGUAUUAGGCAACAACGCUACGGUGCUGAUUUUGGACAAGAGGAUGUCUAUUUUGCAUCGGAUUUAUUAAACACCGUGACCAAGCGAGGUCGUAUUGAUCAAUGCACGGUGUUUGAGAUUUUUGUAAAGAGUCAACACCUUCCGAUUAUUGCAUGUGAAUCCUCAGCACCUAGAGCUGAUCUUGCACGUAUCGCUACGGAAAUCGAUGAAGCCUUAAUUGAGUUUCAUGGACUUCGAGCAUAUGCUAUUCUUUUUGUAGCAGCCAAUGGAUUACCACGACAUUUGGUACAUGGUCGACGUACUGUCCAUCCUCUCCUCACCAAACGUUUCUUUUUACAAGGUCAACUCUCCAUCCGAACGAUUAAGAUCGAUGUCGAUCGCACUAUAUUUAACCUGCCUCAAAACGAAGAUUUAUGGCUAUCAAGGUCCAGUUAUGAAAAGGCCGUUCGAUCUGGCGCUAUUUUCCCACAUCCACAACCACAGCAUACAGGCAUGGAAAAGGUGUCCAAUGUGCUGGAUGAACGCACGGAUUAUGACCUCUCGCGAUUUACGAAUAUGGUGGAUGUAUUGCAAUGGCGCACCACUUUAUACCCUGAAGAAACUGCUUAUACCGUAUCAACCCAAUCGGGGAACACCAUCAAUACCAAGUCCUACAGUUGGAGAAAGGUGAGCUAUAAAUCGGCGGCUAUAGCUGGAUAUCUACACAAGAAGGGAUUUAAACGAAACAGCAAAGUGCUGGUGGCUAUGCCGUUUGGUAUUGAAUAUGUCUUUUGUAUCUAUGCCUGUCUAUCGAUGGGAAUUAUACCUGUGCCAGUCGAAUUGGCAGAUCCCCAGAAUCAACCACAGCGUAUAAACGAGUUUUGUGCACAGAUGGUGCAAGUGGCACAUGAGCUGGGUGUGAGCGCUAUUCUGACAAAUACAGCAGGUGACGAUGUGAUGCGACAUAACACGGUGAAAGCUGCCAUGAAACUUGCGAUGCCAGCCAAAUACAAACUUCCAGAAAUUGUCAAUAUCUCCAAAGCGCCCAAGAGUCACAAGACGCUGGGUAAAGAAAGUGGGUUUAUGGUCAGGCCCGAUUGGAUUUCACCUCAACGUAACGUAUGUGCUGUUAUUUUGGUCCAACCUUCCUCAGACGGACGUCGCUUUUAUGCUUACUUGGGUCAUGAUACCAUUCUCAACCAAUGUCGAACACAAAAGAUGACCUGUCAAAUGCGAUCACAACGUGGUAUUGUCACCACAGGAUUGGGUACGUAUGACGGUUUAGGGUUCUUGCAUGCCGUAUUUUGUGGUGUCUAUGUAGGUUGUGGCACGGUCUUGAUUCCUUCCUCUGAUUUCUACUUGAACCCUGCUAGUUUCUUUGAACUGUUCCAAACCUACAAGACCAAGGAUGCGUUUUUGACCAAUGCGUUGGUGCAGUUCUCGAUGAACAGGAUCAAUCUGAACGAAACAAGACAUAUUCAACUCAAAGGUGUGCAAAAUUUAAUGUUGGCCAAUGACAAUCGACCCAAACCACUACUGUAUCAACACAUGGCGAGGUAUUUCAUGCGGUUACGAUUAGAAAAGGAAGCCAUCAAUUAUGUAUAUAGUCAUGCUGCCAAUCCCAUGAUCACCACGCGGUCCUACAUGUUGAUGGAACCAUUACCGUUAGCGAUCGACCCCUAUUAUUUACGUCAAGGUAUUGUACGUCCCUUGGGUGCCGAAGAAGAGUAUAGAGCUAUCGUGUUGCAUGAUUCAGGUAUCGUGCCUAGUAAUACCAUGGUCGCUAUUGUCAACCCAGAGACCCACAUGAUCUGCCCAAGUAAUGCAGUGGGUGAGAUCUGGGUAUGUUCAGAUAGCAAUGCCAAGACGUAUCAUGGGUUAGAUGAGGGCAGUCAUGCACAACGUUUUGAGGCAUCCAUUGUGGGCCACGAUCCUAAUGUCAAGUACAUGCGCACUGGUGAUUUUGGUUUCAUGUGGAGUGUGAGAAGAAGAGUGGUGGAUAACAGGAUGCCGCCCAUGUUAGAAGAAGGACAAUGUUUGUAUGUGUUGGGGCCCGUCAGUGAGACCAUGGUACGUAAUGGGUUGAUGCAUUUCCCCGUGGAUGUUGAACUAUCCAUGGAACGCUGUCAUCCUGCUAUUCCGCCUAAUGGCACUAUCGUGUUUCAAUUUAAGGAUGAGCUGGUGGCUGUUGUGUCGGUGAAGGCAAGUGAGCAUGCGUUACCUAUAGUUCCACUGAUUGUCAAUACAGUUCUUGAUCAUCACUUGUUUUUGAUUGAUACGGUUGUGAUUGUGCAUGCAAGUAACUUUCCUCGCUCUCGAUUCGGGGAUAAAAUGCGACGCAAGGCGCUAUCUUUAUACGUGGAAAAGAAGCUGACUGCAAUUUAUGUGAAGCGUAUCACGAAUCAACACCAGAGUUUAACGUUACCACAAUGGAGCCAAUCGCAAGUUUCGAUAUCGGACGAUACCAUGGGAAGUCGAGCACACUCCAUAUCCGAUUUUGAUUUUGAUAAACGGUCGUUGGUGCGACAAGAUACGGAAAUCAGUCGUCAUUCUUCGAACUAUGAAUAA